AUGUCUUUCGCCAGCCACGCAUUCCAUCAACGUGGCGGGCGCUGCAAGGUGGAGGAAGGGGACGAAGCGUUGCAAUGCAGCGCAGACCAAGUGGCCAGGUGGGAAGCGAAGCAGAAGCAAGAAUGGAGCGAAAUGUAUCAAAAGGUCCGGGUGCAGCAGUCUAACCUGCAGAAGGCCCGGACUCAAGUGGACAAGUUUCUGCAACACCACGGCAUUCGCAGUGACAGCUUUGAUGUCAAUGUGGCCAAGAAGUCCUUUGGCGGGCUGUACAGAACCUAUCCACUUCAUCUCGCCGCAAAAGAGCGAGACUGGCACAUGGUUCGUUUGCUCCUCCACUUCGGCGCGGACCCCUUGCAGCGGGACAGCCGUGGAAGCACUGCUUCCGACUGCAUGGGGCAACUCGCCCGAGCAGAUUGA